UCCGCUGUGGAGCUUGGACUGAGAAAACGGUACGGCCGCCAUUAUUUUACCCUCGCUAAACAGAGGUUUUGCUGUUUAGCAAGUGUAAAAUGUAAAAAAAAGAAGACAACUAAAAACAGAACAUUAAAAAUGAAUAGUGAAAAUUUCUCGGCAAGUGAAAAGAUUGUUUCUCCUUCUUACGUACGUCAGGGUUUGCAGGCUCGUCGAACACAUGAACAGUUGAUACACCUCUUGUUAGAAAAGGGAAAGUGUCCAGAGCAAGGAUGGGACGAAAGUACAAUUGAACUUUUCCUUAAUGAGCUUUCCAUCAUGGAUAGCAACAACUUCUUAGGCAACUGUGGUGUUGGUGAAAGGGAAGGAAGAAUUGCCUCAAGGCUAGUAGCCCGUCGACAUUACAGAUUAGUUCAUGGCAUUGGAAGAUCAGGUGAUAUUGCUGCUGUCCAGCCCAAAGCAGCAGGGUCUAGCCUUUUGAACAAGCUGACAAAUUCUGUAGUUCUGGACAUAAUUAAGAUUGCAGGUGUCCAUUCUGUGUCUUCUUGCUUUGUGGUUCCCAUGGCAACUGGUAUGUGCUUGACCCUUUGCUUUUUAGCACUGCAUCAAAAACGACCAAAGGCAAAAUAUAUAAUCUGGCCUCGAAUUGACCAGAAGUCUUGCUUUAAAUCCAUGAUAACUGCUGGCUUUGAACCAGUGGUAAUAGAGAAUAAAUUAGAAGGAGAUGAGCUACGCACCGACUUACAAGCAGUAGAGAAGAAGAUUGAGGAAAUUGGAGCCGAAAACAUAUUGUGUAUUCAUUCCACUACAUCUUGCUUUGCUCCAAGGGCACCUGACAGAGUGGAGGAGCUGGCAGUUUUAUGUGCAAAGAACGACAUUCCACAUAUCGUCAACAAUGCGUAUGGGGUACAGUCAUCAAAAUGUAUGCACCUUAUUCAGCAGGGGGCUCGAGUUGGUAGAAUUGAUGCUUUUGUGCAGAGUUUGGAUAAGAACUUCAUGGUACCAGUAGGUGGAGCAAUAAUCGCUGGCUUUAAUGAUUCUUUCAUUCAAGAAAUUAGUAAAACCUACCCAGGUCGAGCUUCAGCAUCUCCGUCACUUGAUGUUCUGAUGACACUGCUGUCUUUAGGAUCUAACGGUUACAAGCAGCUUUUAAAGGAAAGAAAAGAACUGCACUCAUACCUUGCAAGUGAACUGAAAAAGCUGGCAGAAUCUUAUGGGGAGAGAGUGCUGGAGACGAAGAAUAACCCUAUAUCAUUAGCAAUUUCUUUGAAGUCAUUUGAUGGACGCCAGGAUAAGUCUGUUACUCAGCUUGGAUCUAUGCUUUUCACUCGACAAGUUUCUGGAGCACGGGUUGUCCCCCUUGGCUGCUCACAAACCGUGAGUGGUUACACGUUUCAAGGCUUUAUGUCACAUAGUAAUAGUUAUCCUUGUGCGUACCUCAACGCUGCAUCAGCUAUUGGAAUUAAAAAGGAAGAUGUGGACCUAUUUAUAAAAAGACUUGAAAAGUGCUUUAUUGCUUUCAAUAAAGAGAAAGUUUAAGCAAAAAUACCAGAAGCCGGCACAGAAUGCUCCUAAGGAUGUGAAAAUAUAUUUAUGCAAGUGUAUUCUGAAAGCCCAGGACAUGUCUUGUACAUUUGCCGAGUAGAUGGUGCAGUUUUUGAAGCUAGUGGAAUGGAAGAAACCAUGUUGUGGCUUUCGUUACUAACUCAUGCAUUUACUUCACUGAAGCACUUUUAAAGUGGGUCUAUAUUGGAUGAUCAAACUUUCAAAAGUUCGACUGUCGUAUGGUCGAAUUUUUGAAAGUUUGAACAUUUAAAAUGGAGAUCUGUGUACAGCAAGGAAUGGGAAGAUUUCCCUUUUCUGCACUGUAGUGCGAUCUCGGAGUUGGUAUAUUUAAAGAGGGGGGGUGCAAGGGGGCUUGCCCUCAUGCUUAAAAC